AUGAAGUUAUUAGAUUUGUUGAGAUCCUUGCAGCCGGAUUUAUCUGCAAGCGAGUUAGAUUUGAUGGAGGGAUUUAUAUCCGACUUAUACAAGAAAUCCUCCACUUUAGACGCAUUUCAAGAAGUUUUGAAGGAGAAUGGUGCCGAAUUUUCAGUUACUGAUAUCUUCAAAAUCGACAAGCUACUAGAUGGAAAGUGGAUAAGUGAACCAACCAAGCCACACAAACAGGAACCGCCACAUCAUACUGAUACUAAUACGUUGUACAAUAGCCAAAUCACGGCUCAUAACCAAGAAAGAAAGAAAAAAGAUAGCAUAAAUUCCAGGCUCCAACCUAUUAUAGUUGGGGCCAGUUAUUCAGGACAGAUUACUAACAUAACGCCUUAUGGUGCUUUCAUCAGAUUGCAAGCAUUAAGAAGGCCCACUGGACUUUGCCAUAUAUCAGAAAUGUCCAGUUCAGAAAUUAGACACCCAUUAGAUGUGGCUAACGUGGGCGAUAAGGUGACAGCGACCGUGCUGAGUGUUUCCUCCAAUAAAAUAUCCCUCAGUCUCAAAAACCCAGACGAAUUGCAGCUAAGAGGUCAAAUACAGAGAGGUCGAUCAGAAGUUCGGGACACUAAAGUUCGAAAACAACUAUCAUCCCCAGAAAAAUGGGAAAUUCGACAGUUGAUAUCUUCCGGAGCUCUGAAGGCUUCUGAUUACCCAGAACUAGAUGAUGAAUACCAAUCAGUCCUGGAUGAGCAUAAACGAGGAUACAACGAUAGAGAGAAGGAUGAAGAAGUAGAGAUCGUUGUAAAACAGAAGCCUCCCCCAUUCUUGAACGGUAAAUCAUCUUCUCUAAGGGAGAUAUCACCGAUAAGGGUCAUAAAAACCCCUGAAGGAUCUUUGAAUAGAUCGGCGAUGAAUGGUUCUGAUUUGUUGAAGGAGCGCAAAGAGUUAAAGAAAGGCCUGAGGCCUGAGAUCAGCAAUAAAGUCUCAGAAUGGAAAGACUCUAUUAAGAAAGACUCAUAUGGUAAAACCACCACCAAGAACCUACAAGAACAAAGGGAGUCUUUACCUGUAUUUUCUAUGAAGCAAAUGCUACUGGAAACCGUCAAGAAUAAUAAAUUUGUCGUUAUUGUAGGUGAGACGGGUUCCGGUAAGACUACCCAGAUUACCCAAUAUUUGGCCGAGGAAGGAUUUAAUAAAGGGAAUAUGAUCAUAGGUUGCACCCAACCUCGACGAGUUGCUGCUGUGAGUGUUGCAAAAAGAGUAUCAGAAGAAGUUGGCUGUAGGCUGGGGCAGGAAGUUGGUUAUACAAUAAGAUUUGAAGAUAAUACUUCGGAUGUAACCAAGAUCAAGUACAUGACUGACGGUAUGCUUCAAAGAGAGGCAAUGGUUGAUAAAAUGCUUAGUAAAUACUCUGUCAUUAUGCUAGACGAAGCUCAUGAGAGAACCAUUGCGACGGAUGUUUUAUUCGUUCUCUUAAAGACAGCAGCGAUGAAACGAGACGACCUUAAGAUCAUUGUCACAUCUGCAACAUUAGACAGUGGAAAGUUUUCCACUUACUUUGAAAACUGUCCAAUAAUUCAAAUUCCCGGAAGAACAUUCCCAGUGGAAAUUUUCUACACCAAGGAACCUGAACUAGAUUACUUGCAGGCAACAUUAGAAUGUGUACUGUCUAUCCAUAAGAAUGAGUCAAGAGGUGACAUUUUAGUAUUUUUAACAGGUCAAGAGGAAAUUGAUACAUGCUGUGAAGUGUUAUACGAAAAAUUAAUAGAUCUUCAUCAAGAAAAUGAACUGAUAAUUUUACCCAUUUAUUCUUCUUUACCCUCAGAAAUGCAGUCUAAAAUAUUUGAACCAACCCCAGUUGGGAAAAGAAAAGUCAUUAUAGCCACUAACAUUGCAGAGACGUCUAUUACUAUUGAUGGCAUAUACUACGUCAUUGAUCCAGGAUUUGUCAAGGUAAAUGCUUACGACCCAAAACUUGGAAUGGAUUCUUUAAUGGUGACACCUAUAUCUCAAGCACAAGCAAAGCAAAGAGCUGGUAGAGCAGGUAGAACUGGACCAGGCAAAUGCUUCCGAUUGUAUACUGAAACCGGAUACAAUAAGGAAAUGUUACCCAAUAGUAUUCCUGAAAUCCAAAGACAGAAUCUCGCACAUACAAUUCUUAUGCUAAAGGCGAUGGGGGUUCAAGACCUAAUUGGGUUUGAGUUCAUGGACCCACCGCCAUUAAAAACAAUGCUAAGUGCGUUGGAAGAACUAUACAACUUGGAGGCUCUGACGGAAGAUGGCGACUUGACAGAAUUGGGCCGUAGAAUGGCGGAUUUCCCAAUGGAUCCGGGUCUUGCCAAGGUUUUGAUCAAAUCCAUUGAAUUUGGGUGCAGUGAGGAGAUGCUAAGUAUUGUAUCUAUGUUAUCAGUGCAGUCAAUCUUCUACAGACCUACGGGGGAACUGAGAAAAAAGGCCGAUGAAAAAAGAGUCCGAUUUAACCAUCCUCAUGGAGACCAUAUGACUAUGCUAAAUGUGUACGAGAAAUGGGUAAGAAACGGUAGCUCCAAGGAAUGGUGCAAAGAUAACUUCAUUCAUUAUAGGAGUCUUCUUCGGGUAAGGGAUGUUAGGACACAACUAAAAAAAAUAAUGAACAAAUAUGGUUCUGAGAUGAGAAGUUGUGGGCAGAAUAGCAACUUGAUUCGAGUAAACUUGUGCUGUGGUUUUUUCAAGAAUACUGCCAAAAAGGAUAGUGAAACAUCAUGCUAUAAGACUCUAUUGGAGAAUACCACAGUGUAUCUCCACCCCUCAUCCUCCUUAUUUGGAAAAUCAUCAUCAGAAUAUGUGAUUUAUCACACUCUAUUACUGACAACAAAGGAGUAUAUGCAUUGUGUGAGUGUAAUUGAACCCACUUGGUUAGUUGAGCAAGCUCCAAGGUUCUUCGCCAAGGCGGAUACUGAGCAAGUAAACAAGAGAAAACGAACAGUGAAAAUUCAGCCGCUUUAUAAUCGUUUCGACCAGCAACAAAGUUGGAGACUCAGUAAGAGGUAA